AUGGGCGACAACAGCAAACAUACCAACAGCGAGACUUUUCAUCGCCUCGCGGAGGCCUCCACAGUGCAAGAGUCUUUGCCCACCAAAUUGCAGCGGCCACUGUCAGUGUAUGAUGUGGUUGCAGGAAGGGCCGGGCAGAAUGGAUUUCUGACGCGGCAACAAACACAGUCCCAGAACAUACUCCCACUAGCGCCAGAGGACGUCCUGUUACGAAAAACGAGCAUUCCGGCUAAAUUCAUUCUCGAGUCAUACGACGCGGCAGCAGACCUCCCCAGUGCUGUCAAACUCCCAGAGUCCGAGUUGCUCAAAGCGGUGCACACCUAUGUAUCCGACUUCUACAGUACUACCACCCCGGACGGGGGAACAUAUGAUUUUCGUUCCCUCGAUGAGACAGCCCUCAUCGCCGUGGGAAUUCUGCUGGAAGAAGCCGUGAGAGAGGCAUUGGGAGAGAGCGGAGAUAUGGUCUUUGUCGAGCCAGAAGGGCUGGAUGCAGCACUGGAAGAAAGCAAGAUGACCAAGCAUCAAGUGCAGGGCAAGGUGACGCCAGUGAUAAGACCCAAGGACACCUCGGACGAAGAAAGUGUCCAAGAAAACGACGAAUCACCGGCCAAACGACGUAGACACUGA